CGCCCCGAGAAAAAGACGAAACGCAUCCCGCCUGCCACCCAGUCGGUGUUCGUCCAACUAUCAUUGUUUACGCCUGGCACUGACUCACGCUAGCUCUGUCCUGGGCGUCGACUGGCAGUAAUAGUUAUUGGCUCUCUCAGGAAUCAGGAACACGGUCUUGAUAUGUGUCAUUUGUUGUCAUGAAAGAAGAGCAAGUUAAGGGGGCUGCCAGAGGGGGCAAGUACAUAAUUCCAGUCCCUGCCAGUCUUAUUCCAGGAAGGGAAAGCAAGUUGCCUGUAGUACCUCUGCACAAAACCCUCAGCCUAGAAACGCCCUUGACACGGCCUGUAACAUCAGCGCAUCCUCUGACCCCGCUCACAGUUCCUCUGCCUCAGACUGCUGCUCAAAUGGAUGAUUUACAGAAUUUGAGAAAGUUUAGCAAGCCAUCGGGAAUUAUGAGAAGCAGCCAUGGGGUUGGGAGGCUCCGUGGCCGGGCCCGGGGUGUCACAAGGGGCUCUGCCUCCACCACCAGUAUAGCCAAGCCUGGCACAGUGUCCUCGGGAUCAAGCAGAGGACGGUCUUCCUCAAUGGACGAAGAAAGCAUAGAUUCUCCCAAGGUCCUCAGUCAGCCAAAACCAUCAAGAUACAGUUCAAUCCGUGCAAGAAUCCAAGUGCGCAGAGGCAGGCCAGUGAUGCGAGGGUUUGCCAACGUGGGUGCCGUGUUUGGGGACAGCAAGAAGGAAGAAUUGCACCCACAAAUUGUACGAAUGGCAAGAAGAUCCGGGCAGCUGAACCUCUCCAAUAAAGGAUUGGCAACAGUUCCAGAGAAAGUGUACCACAUCAAUGAGAUAGAUGCAGAGGAGGCCAAGAAGAUGACCAUGAAUAUGACAAUGGAUAGCAGUGACGAUGACCGCUGGUGGGAACAGGUGGACCUGGCACGCCUCUACCUUUCUUCCAACCAGCUGUCGUCUCUGUCUCCGGAGAUUAGUAAUCUUUCUGCCCUGCAGAUCCUAGAUCUUUCAGACAACAACCUCACUGCUCUGCCUUCAACCCUUGGGGAGCUGACCUGCCUCCAGCGGCUCAACCUCAGCCACAACCAGCUACAGGAGUUGCCAGUUGGAGUGUUUGCUUUGCAGGACCUGCGGUCACUGCAGCUUGAUCACAACAACUUCAUUGCUUUCCCUGAUGACUUGGGAAACUUGCCUGUCCUGGAAUACUUGGAUGUUUCUCAUAACUCCCUGGAGAGUUUGCCCUUCAGCAUUGGUUACCUGCAGAGGCUGUCUAAGUUUAAUGCUUCAGAAAAUGAGAUCAAGGAGCUCCCACCAGAAAUAGGGGAUUGUUUUGCACUGACCCAGCUUGAUCUGACUCGUAAUAAGUUGGAGUCCCUCCCUGACACUAUUGGCAACCUGCGGAAGCUAGAACAACUCUAUCUUCGUCACAACCGGCUGCGGAGUAUCCCUCCUUUACACAGCUGUGUGGCCAUGAAGGAACUCUAUCUAGGAAACAAUUUCAUCAAGGAAAUGAGUGCAGAGCAACUUGGUCACCUUACUGGUGUGAGCAUCCUGGAUCUGCGUGACAACCAGAUGGAUGACUUGCCCGAUCAGAUCACACUCCUGCAGGGCCUUGAGCGCCUUGAUAUCACCAACAACAACCUCUCCACGUUACCAUUCCACCUUGGUCUGCUGCCUCACCUCAAGUCCAUGCCCCUGGAAGGCAACCCAAUGCGCCUUAUCCGUCGUGACAUUGUGCAGCGUGGUACUGUGCAGCUGCUCAAGUACCUGCGCUCCAGAGUGUCAGCACCUGUACACACAUUCCCUGGGUUUGAAAAUACUCCCGCAGACACUAAUCUCCUUCUGGACAACAGCUCAAUUCCGGACAAGUACCAGAUGAAGAGCACCCAAACUGUGUCAUAUAAUGAAAAAGUGUCUGCAAUACCUGACCAACUAUUUGAGAAUGCUGCUGAAGCUGAAGUAAGGACAGUUGAUCUUAGCAAGAAUGUGCUCACUGAAGUUCCUGCCAAAUUGGAAAUGCUGUGCAGACAUGUGUCUGAAAUCAUGCUUGGUCAGAACAAGCUGACAAGUGUUCCAUCAUGGAUUGGAAGGUUUCAUCGCCUGCAGUUCCUUGACCUCCAGAGUAACCAGCUUACUGACUUGCCUACAGACUUGGCCUCUCUGCUUUACCUUCGGGAGAUAAACAUAACAUCCAACAGGUUUGAGACCCUACCAGCAUGUGUGUAUGAGAUGGAACAGUUGGAGAUCCUGUGUGCUGCCAACAACCAGCUCAGACUGAUCUAUGUUGAAGGAUUGAGCAAACUAAAGCGUCUGGCAACACUGGACCUUCAUAACAACAAUAUUGACUUUGUUCCACCACAGCUUGGAAACGUGACACAGCUCAGGACACUGGUGUUGCAUGGGAAUCCCUUUAGAGUGCCACGGCGAGGCAUCCUGGACAAGGGCACACGAGAAACACUUGAAUACCUUCGCAGCAGAAUUGUGGAUGAGUGAACCACAUCAUCCUUCAUGCAAGCAGGCAGGAUUUGCUCAUGUGUUCUCUCAGAAACUUGAAGCUAAUCAAGAAUUAAUAGUUAACUUUGCAAAUCAUUGUGCUGUGAUAACCAGAUAAUAAUCUACUUUUAGCUGACAGUACCAAAACACUUGAUCAUAGAAGUUAAUUAAAUCACCUGCACCAUUGAACUUCUUGUCAUUAGUAAGUGAGGUAGAAAUUAAAGGAUGAAAUGAGUGCAAUGAGGUCUUGAUUACUGUCUUGCAUUGAUGGUAACAGAUCUGGAUCCUUUUUUUUUUUUUUUUUUUUUUUUUUUUUUUUUUUUUUUUUUUUUUUUUUUGAUGGAUGACAUUGCCAUUAUCACUUUAGUCCAUUUCAUAUUAUGUGUGUGCGUGUGUGUGUGUCAGCAUGUAGGAGAGAGACAGUGACAGAUUCACAGCUGAUGAAACACUCCAGUCACCAAGUUUGCCUUUGUGAAUUGACUGUAUAAAUUUUUGCCAAGGCCUGACACCUUCUUUGGGUCAUCAAUGUUGUUCAACUUUCUAUACAGCUUCUGAAAGUUAUAUAUGACAUGCAGUCUUAGGUCCAACAGUCAGCAGAUGCGGCAUCUUCCUUAGUGUUCUUGUGUUUAAGAUCCUGAAGAUGAAAUCAUCAUGUUCCUCUUGGAGUGUUGGACUUGCAUUAUUGUAUGGAUCAUACUGGAUGUUAUUGCUGACAUGGAGACAUUGGCCUUACUAAGACUGUUUCUGCUUGUAUUUAGUGAAACAUUCUUUGUGCUGUAGGAUCUCUGCUUCUUUGUAGUGCUUGAAAAUGGAGUUUGGUCUUGCAAAUUCUGUUGAUUUCUUUGAGUCGCUUGAAGGCUUCAUCCCUUGACAAUUUUCACCUGCAGGCUUUUCUUAAUCUUAAUACAGUUGACUGUGUUGACUGUUUUAAAAUAGUAAGACUAAAGUGGUUUCACAUUUUGUGCAUGGUGAAAGGCUCCUCUUAUUAUCUUCAACAGCUUGUAUAACUGGUAAUCCAGAAGGUGAGUCAUCUUCAUAAAUGUUUUUUCCUAAUGUGGGCAGCGUACAAUGAGGUGAAGUUAACUGAUCCUUCCAGAUGGAGUUGCUGCAGUUCUUUUGAGCAAGGGAGCAAGCUUUUGGACUGGUAUCUUAUGACAUGGAGUUUAAAUGGUAUUGUUGUGGUCUGCCUUGCUCACUUCUUCCAACCCCAGAAUUAGCAUCACUUACCUUCCCUUUUCUUGACAGUAGAUAGAAUUCUCACUUUAUCUUGGCGUUUCUGAGAUUCUGCAUAUAUGAGUGUUAUUGUCUCGUGUACAUUGUUGCUUGAUGGAUUCACACAGGCAAUCACUGUUGUGUAGGUGCACUACCAAGGGAGUCUUUGAGCACUCAUGUGAGUGACUCCCUAUUGUGAUUGACUCCCUAUAUAGCACACAGCCAGAUGAACUGCUAUAUGCAGCCAGCACCUUCCCCCAGACACAGCUGAUGUUGACACCCUCAGUGAACUGCACAGAGGACUGUGGCCACAUCUUGAGUGCCUGCAAGGCCCACAAGCUUCAAACAACUUUCAUGGUUUCUGUGUGCAUCACAGUCAGAAAAACUGGCAUGGGAAUGAGAUGAACUGUUGUUCAAGGUUGUUGUUUCAAUGCUUCUCAAAUUAGUUUUUUUUUCCUGCAAAUCCAAACCUUUUUCCAAAAUAUCAGUAGGCUCUUCCACCAACCCAACAAUAGAAGCACCUUCACCUAUUUCAUUCUUUAUUUUCAGUUCAUUUGAUGCUGGUAGGUUAUACAUAGUCUCAUUGUAUAUCUCUGCCAUGGUGAGUUUAAGUUUGUGAGGGUUGCUGCAGUCAUAUGAACUUGUUCCCAUUGUGUAUAUUUUGCAUGAAUUGGUCUGGCCACACACAAUGACAGUGGCAUUGUAUCCUCCUGCUUCUUAAAGGAAGCAGGAGGUUAUCUAUUGAGAACCAAAGCUGGCCAACAGUGACAUGCAGCUCAGCACACCUUCUCUCCACCAUGGUCCAGACAACACUUACAUUGGCUUGAUUGAUCAUAUUUCAAAGUAUGUACCUCAAUUCUUGGGACACCCUGUGAAGGACCUGAUAAGACACAAAGGUGAAGGAUGUGAGAAAGUGGUGUACAAGGCUUGGCAUCAUCACUUAGGAAAAUAAGUCCAUCUUUUAUAGCUUCAGAACAGAUUUUUGCCUUGUGUAUUUAAAAAAAAAUGGGAGAUGGUGUAUAAUGAAUGAUAUCCUUUACACAAAAAUGUAAUACAUGACAGAGUGCUUAGCAACUGGGAGACUAAACUGACAAUCUUGAAAGUGACAGAACAGCCAGUCAGGGAUUGCUAUUGCUAUUCAGCAUUUUUGAGCUCACUGUUAUUUUUAGAGCAAUGAUAGUCCUCCUUGCUCAUGUUGGCAUAUUUUACUCUCCUUGGUGCUGCACUCAGUGAAUCUCAAUCUAAAGAAUGAGAUUUAGCCAAUGUGAUGACAAAAAAUUAAAAUCAUCAAGAUUUGAGCUGUUGGACCCAUCACUAAUAUAGUGGCUUUGCCUUUGCCUUCAUACUCAUUUAGUUGCUGCCUCACAUACUGAUGUUUUCUAAGCAGAGCUCAUUACUUACUAAGAGAAUUUAGUAAAUUUUAUGUGGUUCAUUAUACUAGAUGUAAUUAGUUUUAUUGCAGUUUAAUGUACUAGGAUUCACUCUUUAUAUUGUGUGCAUGCUUGUUAUGAUCUUCAAGAAGUUUUAAAUUAAACUCUGCAGUGCAACAGUGGCACAGUGACUCAUACAAGAUUCUGUCCCAGAUCACUGAGGCAAUUUGAGGUAUUUGCUUGAACAUUUAAACUGUGAUAUAGACUUUUAGCUCUAUGAUUUCUGUAUUUUUACUCUACCUAGAUAUUUUAAUGCCAGCUUAGUAUUAUUAUAAUGUUACUAUGUUUUGAUGUUUUUACAGAACUUUGCAAGUUUUAUCUUUUUUACCAAACCUUUUGCAGAAAAGAUGAAGUAUGUAAUUUCCUGGUGGUCAAGAUGAUGUAAACCUCAUGAUAAAUUUUUUAUGAAACUCAA